AUGCCGGCUUUAUACAGCCUGGUGAAGGGGAUCAUAAAUUAUCUCCAACACUUUGUAGAGCAGCCCUUUCAGCCCGCCAUCUUUACCAUCGACUGCCCGUGGAUACACGCAAAUGCGACGUUGAUAGAGCCCAACACGAGCACCUCGCUCGAGAAAAGACAGACCAGUGUAUGCUCGACUGAUUGCACACGCGCCGCGAGGUGUUAUGGCGGGACGGGGACUCCGUUGACGAGCGACUGUCAAGCCUUGUCGAGUUACCUACAAGGUCGAAAUAUCCAGACAGCCGUCAAUGGGAAACAAUCUGUCUCCGUCACCUCGAAUACUUGUCUGUUCCGCUUUACCAACAAUGCCGCGUCGUCGGUGACCUGGUGUGACUCGAGCUGGGCCUCUCAAUCCAAUGCUUUGAUCUCAACAUGUCUACCGCAAACACCUGGAGGAUACUGCGAUAUUACGCAGUUUAAGCUCGACGUGUGUCUGAACCCAGCCGCUCCCGCUUAUACGCCGCCACCAACCUACCCUGCUUCUUCGCCACCAGAGCAGAGUAGCACUGCAAACAAUAACGUCGCUUCGACGCAACAGUCCUCUGCUGCUGGUGCCUCAUCAUCAAGCAGUGGUUCGAGCUCCACGCAGAGCUCUUCCACCUUAUUAUCUAGUAGUACUGGCCACUCACCGACUCCAACCAGUAGCCAGUCGUCGUCCCAUGAGGUCCCACAGGGGCUCAGUGGUGGUGCCUCGAUUGCCUCAGCAAAUGCUGAGACUCCCAACAACAAUAAUGAUGAAAAUACCAACGGAGGGGUACAACGUAAAGGCCCAGGUCCAGCUGUGAUUGUUGGCGGCGUGAUGGGUGGUAUAGCCUUGUUGGGAUUGGUAGGUGCCUUGCUGUAUUGGUGUAGGAAGAUGCAGCAGCGCCGCAACUCGACAGUGAAGAUAUACGAUGAGUCCGUUCAUGAUGCUAAUGGACAGCCAAGGACGUCCGCUCGUGGAUCUAUUAUGACCGAAUCUCAGUCGCAGACCUUCACUAUCCCGCCUACGAACACCAACAGCGAUCAUCACAACCAUGGAUUUGGGUUUGGCUCGAAUAAAGCCAACAUGUUCUACAAUGGUGGGCGGGUCGUUCGACCUGCCGCCCCCAUGUCAGAAUAUUCAACCUCGUCUGUGAACCAUCUCCUGGGUGGUGCGAAUACAGGAACGGCAAGCCCUUUAGAUUCGCCAAUCACGACGAAUAGUGGACUUCAGCCUACUUCCGAUGAGCACCCACAACCGUAUCGCCAACACGGAGAUCAAUACGAACUAGAACUCGGCAACCCCGAUCUACCAACACACGCUGAGAUUGAUGCUGUACUUGCCUCGCACGCGACGAAUCAACGUCGGCGUUCCAUGUCCGCGCGCACCCUUGCACAGGCCAUGGCGCCAAACCUCUCGGAGGAUGAUAUUCAUCGAUUGGCAGAUAGUAUCGUUGCGCGGAUGCAAGCGCGCGAUACGGCGGCUGCCUUGGCGUCUGCUGGAGGAAAUGGACAAACGCUUGGUUCGGUAGGGUAUGCGCAGUUCCAUGGCGGAGGACCAGGAGCUAGUAUUUCUGGUACGGGUGCUGGCGUUCCGCACGCUUCGGAUGGAUUCGCUCCAUUGGCGUACGGUGGCGAGGGCACUGUCUACGGGGAAGACCCACCGCCGCCAUGGCGUGCAUCGUGGAAUGGACGAAGGCCUGGUGCAAGUUGA